AUGAAUGAAGCCUGAGUCGAGGGUUUAAAAUAGUUACCUCUGCAGCUAUCAGGUAAAUAUAAAAUCAAGUACCUAGGUAAUUAACCACAUUCCGUUGAUAGUGUAAAAAUAAAUCCAAAGUCAAACAAAGUUAUAGCUACAAAUUAUUCCGUAUCAGUAAUAAUUAACUGUUAUUGUUACCGUUAAUAAAGACCCUUGAUGAUUAACGCGUGGACCGACAGGAUUAACUCUGGCAAGAUGGGGUUUACCCCAACACAGAAGUACCGCGAGAGCGGGCAGGGCAAUGAUCGGGGCAUGAGCUAGCCUGUAGUGCUAUGACGACAUUCCAUUUAGAAAUUGUAAUGAUAAUGUACUAAAAAACCUUUCGUACAGUGCCUUGCACUUGGACUAGAUAGCCUACGAUGAAGACAUAACUCUACAUUUCAAGAAAUCCAAUAGACCACAAAAAAACAAUGAUAUGAGAAUUGCUUAACGAUUUAAUGAACUAAAUAUGAACAAAGAUAAAAUGGUAAUUACAAAGUAUUCGUCGAUAACGGCGGCCAUUGUCAGAUAGUUUUAUUAUCACUAAUAUAUUUAACAUAAUUGUAACUCGGGUAUCUUAUCGCGGCUGGAGCCAGGCUCUCGGUGAAAUAAAUGAUCUUUUAUCAUACCUAUACGUAACAGUACGCUUUCAAAUUGACUAAAGUCUCGUGGCCCACAAGUAUCAAUAUAUUAGUUCAACUCCAUUCGUCACAAACCGUGAAGAUUAUCCUGCUCGGCUCUUGGUGUAGAGGCGUCCCGCGCGUGCGUGCGUCGCGACCAAUCAGUGUUUGCGCGAAGUUACUAACCACAGUGAUUCAUUAUCAUGCGCUAAUUCCCUAUGGCCGCCAAUAGAUAUGAUUUUUCCCUUCAGCAGGAUAAUACAACGUGUACCUACUUGUUGUUGUUUAAAUCAAAGAAAUAAAAUACAGUGACGGCGAUGAGCAGUAGCGUAAUACAAACAUUCGAUCUUUUUCUCACAGUGGGCCACCGACACAUUUCACCUCGUAAUCAAAACGGUGUCGAGGGCCUCAAGUAAAAAUAAUUUAAGGGUCUUAAUUAUAAAAAACGAGCUCGAAUUAACAACGGUUAACAAAAAGAUUUCAACUUCAGAUGGGUCAAUAACAAAGGUUCAGGUUCAAAUCAGCCGGUCUACGUUCUACUACUGUUCGGGUCUGUUCCGUGUUCAUAUCUUUUAAGUAGAGACCCAAUCAUCUGGCCAGUUAUAAUGUAUGAUGGGAUUAUGCAUCAACUAAAUUGGUCCUAAUAAAACAAUUAAAAUACUCUUUGUCACCCAAUAAGUAGUGUGGCAACGUGAAGUAAGCCCUAUAGUUAGGGAAUUGCGCUAAGUUAAGCAGAAGGCUGUGUUAUGAAUCAGAAGCGAUAAGCGCGAGCGAGUGCGGCGCGCGCGCUGCCGCGGUCAGUCCGGGCUGCGACCUCUGACCGCGCGGGUCGCACCACUACGCUACUAGCUAAUUACCUCGCCGACAAGUGCACUCUGUGGGACACUCUUUGUUCAUUGCGUACCGAAGCACCUGAGCCUGGACAUGGACGCGCUACAACUGCCCGCGAGCUGGUUGCACAACAUGGCGCUGCUUGCAGCGGGCGGCGGCGGCGUGAGCGGCGUAGGCUCGGUGGCGGGCGGCCUGUACUCACAGAACAUGGUGAUGGGCUCGUGGUGCGCGCCCUACGACGCCCUGCAGCGACCCACCGCAUACGAUGGCGUGCUGGAGAUGUACGAGGAAGGGCGCGAGUGCGUCAACUGCGGCGCCAACAACACGCCGCUGUGGCGGCGCGAUGCGACCGGCCACUACCUGUGCAACGCGUGCGGGCUCUACCACAAGAUCAACGGCGUCAACCGGCCGCUCGUGAAGCCCAGCAAGCGGCUGUCGGCGGCGCGGCGUCACGGCCAGUGCUGCACCAACUGCGGCUCGCGCAACACCACGCUGUGGCGGCGGAACAACGACGGCGAGCCCGUCUGCAACGCGUGCGGCCUCUACUACAAGCUGCACGGCAUCAACCGGCCUCUUGCCAUGAGAAAAGACGGCAUUCAGACGCGAAAACGUAAACCGAAGAAGUCCGGUAACGGAACAAAACCGCCGCAGGACGCCAACAAGAAAGACGAUCACAACUCUCCGGGGAUGGACGACAGUAAGCAGAGCCUGCCUGAGGUGCCACUCCCGCUGGCGCAGUCGCUGGGCGGGCACGGCGCGGGCAAGGCUCGCGAGGCGCACGCCACCCCGGACACGUCCCCGCACGGGCACGCGCACGCGCAACACGCGCAGCACGCGCACGCGCACGCGCAGUCCGGGCACGCCGCGCACGCGCAGUACCCGCUCGGCCUGCCCGCCGCGCCCUUCCUCUCCAACCCGUCGCUGUUCAACAUCAAGAGCGAGCCCAGCAACGCCAAUGGCUAUGAGUCGUACCCGCCGCACUCCGGCCCGCACUACCACUCGCAGCAGCACUACCUGCACGCGCUACAGUACGGUCUGGGCAACGGCGAGGAGGAGGAGGCCAGCGGGUUCCUGCACCAACGCAACGUGACCGCGCACGCGAAGCUCAUGGCGUCCACGUAGCAGCGACACCGCGCCGCCUGAGCCGCGGCCUCGCAGCCGCCGGGCGCGCCGCGCGCCGGCCGCUCAGGUGCGCGUGGCUGACCUGACAUACGUCAACUUGCAGAAGUAGCGCGACCUAUUGGUCUGAAUCUAUUUGUAUUUAUAUUGAUACUAAUAGCCACUUUAACUUCCAUUAGUAAACAGUUUAGUCAAGAAUACUUGUAGGAUUUAAUGUUUGUGUUCCAUUCAAGCGAUAUUUUGUAAAUAUUUAGCAAUAGAUAGAAAAGUAAUUUCUUAAGUUCGAAGUUGUAUUAUAUAGUAUUAGGGAAGUAGCGGUGCAUUGUAGGCCCCGCUCGUGCGCUGCGGGGCACCUUGCCAUUCUGACUGACAAAAUGGUAACGCAAGUAUUAUCUAUUUAAAUAUAUUAACGUUCCAUGACAAUUUUAAUCUCAAAACUAGUCUAAUGAUUCUCUAUUAAUCAAUUAGAAAUGUUUCCAUAAGAACAGAAUAUUCAUAAUGAUAAUAGGAACCUUUCAGACUGGCAAACCGUCCAGUCAGCGCGGGACCAAACCGUGUCUUAUGUUUCACGCUGUAUCAAGCUAGUCUGAGAGCGAUGCUGCGCUAUGUAAAUAAAGCUAUGUAGAAUCUAAGUAGAUAAUUAAGAUUAAACAGUAUUCAGUCUUCGAUCAUGUAUCCAACCAAAACUCUUUGAUAUUUUGCACAAAACAAAUCAGCGCAAUACUGUUGCUAUAAGAUGUAGUGUUUUUUCAAAUAGUGGUAAUUAACAGAAAGUUGCUGCUCAUCGACUUCCAUUGUUUAAAACUGUCAAUUUGCAAGUUAUCUUAAAAAAGUAAUACUCCACCCAUAAAAAUAUCUUUAGAUCUAUAUAAACAUACCAUAAGUUGCAUGUGCACGUAUUUAUAAGCAUUAAAAACCUCCUUAUUUUGAAGUCGCUUUAUAAAAGGAAACCUAGCGAGAAUACAAAAACUCAUUACAUAAAUAAAUUUAUUAAAUGGCAUUUAUAAUAGAUACUUGUAUAUAGUAGUUAGAAAAUGAUACAACAAAAUGUAUUUUUUAUUUUAAUUUGGUUCAGUCUUGCACAGAUGUCACACUGCAAAUAUAAGGCAAUUCUGGCUUUGAUAUCUGCUGGUAACUUCAAUAGAUUUUUUUAUAAGAAUGUAAUAAGGCGAGGCUCUAUUCACAUUAAAGUCUCAAAUUUUGGAUAAAUAUAAACUAGAAAUAUGUACAAAGAGAAGUCUGUUGUAUAUUAUAUGUAUUAUGAAAUAUAUAAGUGAGCACAAA